AUGGCUGGUAGGGUCACCCAUUUGUUAUUGCCCUCCAAACGCCUCAAAGGAGUCAUUUCUCCAUCUCUUGGAAAUCUCACGCAUCUCUCCCACCUCAAUCUCUCCCACAAUAUACUUUCUGGUCACCUGGAAGUUGGAUUCUUUCUGUCCUUGAGUCGCCUUAAUAUCCUUGAUUUGAGCUACAACUUUAUCUCUGGAGAAGUACCGUUAUCUCUACCAUCAAGUCAUAUCCGAUUGGUGGACUUAUCCAGCAAUCAAUUCAACGGAACAAUCCCAUCUUCGUUCCUCCAGCGUGCCUGGAAUUUGAGAAAUUUAAAUGUCAGCAAUAAUCUCCUUACAGGCCAAAUACCGUCCUCUAUCUGUUUUUAUUCUUCUUCGUUUAGACUUUUGGAUUUCUCCCAUAAUGAGUUCAGUGGCAUAAUCCCACUUGGAAUCGGUAACUGUUCAAAGUUGGAGCUCUUUCGUGCAGGUUUCAACAACUUAUUGGGGACACUUCCAACUGAUAUCCACAACGCUCAAGCACUUGAAGAAAUUUCAUUGCCUUCCAAUAAGCUUUCCGGACCCAUUGGUGAGAAUAUUUCCAAUCUUACCAACCUCACAAUCCUGGAUCUCUACUUGAAUCAGCUGAGCGGUGCGCUUCCCUUCCAUAUUGGGAAGCUCUCAAGAUUGAAGAUCAUAACCUUCCAUUUUAACAAUCUAGAGAGUUAUCUGCCUACAUCUUUGAUGAAUUGCUCAAGCCUUACAGAAUUGAAUCUAGGAUACAACCAAUUCGAAGGAGAUCUCUCCGUGCUUAAUUUCACCAAGCUUACUAAACUUAUUAAACUUGACCUUAUGAAUAAUAAGUUCACCGGUCCCUUGCCAAUAAGUGUUUACUCAUGCAAGUCCUUGAUAGCACUUCGACUGAGCUCAAAUGAUCUAGAAGGACAAUUACAGCAUGGGAUUCUUUCUUUGAAAUCCUUGUCAUUCCUUUCACUUUCUAAUAACAGGUUGACCAAUGUCACAGGGGCAAUGAAGAUAUUGAAGGAUUCCAAAAGUUUAAGGGUACUCCUUUUUACAAGUAAUUUUCUUGGUGAAGAAAUGCCAGAUGGUGAUCUCAUGGUUGAUUCAUCAGGGUUCCAAAAUCUCUCGGUUCUCAGCUUGUCAAGGUGCCAAUUGACAGGCAAGGUACCAAUAUGGCUGUCAAAGCUUGAGAAAAUGGAAGUGCUGGAUCUGUCUUCUAACAGACUUGUAGGCUCAAUACCUGGUUGGUUGGGGACUCUUCCAAGUCUUUCCUUUUUAAACUUGAAUAAUAACUUCAUUUCAGGUGAAUUUCCGAAGGAGCUUUGUGAACUACAAGCUUUCGUGACAAAACGGGAUGGAACUCUAACAGGCCAUGGUGAUUUUGAGUUGCCCGUCUACUACCAAAGCAUUCAUGGGUCUGCAACUAUUUUACAGUACAAAUAUAUAUCCAACAUGCCAAAUACAAUCAGGUUCAGGAACAACAGCCUAAGCAGCAAAAUACCCCUUGAGAUUGGCAAAUUGCAACUUCUUCAAGAAUUGGAUAUUGGUUUCAACAACUUCUAUGGCAACAUUCCAAACCAAAUAUCGAACCUCCCAAACUUGGAGAGGUUAGACCUCUCAAGAAACCAUUUUUCGGGCGAACUCCCAGCCUCACUGUCAAGUCUUCAUUUCUUGUCUUCAUUUAGUGUUGCCUACAAUAACCUCCAAGGCAAUAUACCAUUAGGCACUCAGCUCCAAGGAUUCAAUGACACUGCCUUUGAGGGUAACCCAGGACUUUGCGGUUUCCCGCUUCCAAAUGAGUGCCAGAAGAAGCGUCCAGGUGAUACGACUAAGAACCGGGAAGAUGUAGAUGACACUGCGAAUGGAAUUCCAUGGCUUCAUAUUUCAGUGUCUCUUGGUUUCAUUGUGGGGUUUUGGGGAGUUUGUGGUCCUUUAGCUUUGAGCAUGUCGUGGCGAUUUGCAUAUUUCCAAUUUCUCUCCAACAUUGUAGAUCGUUUUGUGUGCUAA